AUGAAUGUCUCGAAGACAAAUGCAGCCUCAGAUGAGGAGGCAGCCGAUGCCCUGUUCUGGAUCGCAUUUCAAGAUUACAAGCACCGAUAUGCCCCAAGUCCCCUCGAUGGCUUGGCCAGUGACGUCCAGCAGAGCGAAUCCGAUGAUUUACGGCUUCGAACCCAAAUACAAGGCAAGGAGCUCCGUCAGGAAGACGAAUUAUAUCAAAACUCGCGGGAUUCGCAUCGGGCUCCCUAUACCUUGGCCACCAACACCCAGGUGUACCCGCAAGCUCCACUUCGUUUGAUUGAUGAAUUUGCUCAUACAGGAUACCACGAUCCACUUAUCAGCCAUACAGGUCUUCCCUAUCAACCUUUCCCAGACUUCGGUCCUAUUGGGUCACCGCUGAAGGUCAAACCGACCAUUCAUGCAUCCGGUAGCAGCACGUCGAGUGCAGCUUCUAGGAGUCUCAUCGCCAGCCUCCGAGAUGGCACAAGUGCUCUUCCAUCGGGCUAUCGUGGAUUCAAUUUCCCAGGAGAGGCGCGGAACUUACCUUCAAGAAGCCCCCCACUAUUUCUCGAUGGGUACCAAAGAGUUGUCGCAGAUGGAAUUUUGACCGACUGGACAUCUCCACCAAUGACAAGUCAUGAUUGUGCGCCAUUCCAAGGCUUCACUUCACCAGAUUCAUGGAGCCAACAACAGUCCAUAAUUGAACCGAGUGCAGGCCCGUUUCUUCGUUCAGACGCAACUCCAUCAUUCGCUCUACAAGAAGGCGGCAUCUCAUUACAUCCUGCAGGCUCGAUGGCUGUCCGGCCACCCAGCCCUCGUAAUUUCAAGCCGACAAACAUGGUUGCUGGGCAGAAUGGUGUGAAUCCUUUUGCAGGGAGUUCUGAUAUUUCACUCAGAUACCGAGGUAACAUAACCUCUUGUGUCAGCCAAAAACAGGUUGCUCUCCUAGCAGAUGCAUAUAACUGUACCCUGUGGCUUUGGAACAUUCCUUCAACGAUCCACGUUUCCGAGCUCUUUGACCAAAUUGACACCGGAGCUGUUCAAUGCCUGCAUAUGGUGCCUCCGGAUUCCCAGCAUAGCACUGCCGCUGCAAAAUUGGCAUUUAUGACUCCAGAGGCGGCCGCUGCCUUCAAGAGCAAGGCCGAGCAAGGCAUUUAUAUACUUGAAUUUAGACUCUUCUUGAAGUACAACCGAGACGGAUCCCUUCGCAACAAUUCUGGCCAGUCCCGUGUUCUGGUACUCGACAUCGUCGGCCCUGGAGAGAUGACGACAAUGGCAUUUUGGUACGAGUACUUCCGCAAGAUUUGUGUUUUCCAAUGGGACCGCGUUUUCGAGCUGCCUUGCCAGAAUCCCCACAGAAAGAUCUUGCAGUUCAAUUUUGUUCGGAUGUCCGGUCAGUCUCAAGCUUGUAUGGGAGCCAUUCGAGCACAAGAAGAGUUCGUCGGAUUCGUUCAACCAUCAUAUGGUCUUGAUCCAUGUGGAAGUCGGGCAGCGCGGGCUUUGGAGCAGCAUGCAUUGCGUCUGUUCUGA